GAGGGAGUCUGGCUGGGGAUGUGAGGGGAACGACGGAACUUGAUUACUGAGUAAAAUAAUCAGAAUAUACGACUCCAAAAGUGAUAAUAAUACACUAAAUUUGAAGUUGACAGGUUAAUGUUACGAUUAAAGAAGACGUGGAAUCGAUGACAAGCUUUCAGGAGUUGUGUAAAGAGUCCAAACAAGUCCCCACCGCUUCCGUUUAACGUCAAGUUUCCAGUGAGGACGGCGCGAGCGCAAGGAGUUGAAGGGCGCGCGGAUGGUGGUGGUGAUGCUCGCGGCAGAUGAGCCUUUUGCCUCCACUCCACGCAGAGGCAUGGAUUGUUUGGGCAAAGCUAAUAAUGCCAACAAGAAACUUGUUCAAGCACGUCUUCCUUUCAAAAGGCUCAACCCAGAACUCAAGGAAUGCAGUGAGCCCAAAAAAAGCAAAGGUCCAGUUACUCCCAAAUGCUCUGAACCUAGUGCCUCCGAUGGAGAAAACGAAGUCGAACCCUCCACCUUGCCGCUGCGCCGCGGCCCAGCUCUUGUAAAUGGCCGCGGCCCUCUUGACUCCUUCAUGAGUCGACGGAAGCGUUCUCCAGCCGGCUCUACCCCUGCAGUCACCAUUGAUCUCACAGAUGACAAUUCCACUGAUGCUGCCAAACACCAACCUGCCCCUCCAGUUGCUGCCACCUGCCCCAUUACUGAAGAAACAACAAAGACCACAAAAGAUGCACCACAAUCCACAGAACCCACCAAAACCCUUAGAGAAGAAGAGAAGGGGACUGAUGAGGAGAUGGAGGGAGAGACCCUUCCAAUGGUGGACAUCACACAGGAGUCUGAGACUGAGGAAGAAGAGCAACAGGACACUGAGGAAGAAGAGCAACAGGACACUGAGGAAGAAGAGCAACAGGAGAUUGAUGUCAGCCACGGAAAUGAAUCUGCACUUUCGGCCGGGUCCACCAGCUCCCUUUCAGCAGUCGAAGUGAGCUCACCAGAGCCCAGCAAAAGUGCACCCAGCACCCCUGCCUCAGUCCCACGGACAAAUGCAGCAGAAAAUAAAGCGAAGAGGCGGUCUCUUAAGAGUGUCCAAGAACAAGAGGAGAGACAACGCCUCAGAGAUGAGAAAGAGCGGCAGAAACAGGAGGCCAAAGCUGCCAAGGAGAAGAAAAGAGAGGAGGCCCGCAAGCUGAAGGAAGAGAAGGAGAGGGAGAAGAAAGAAAAGAAGGAGAAAGAGGAAAAGGAGCGGCGGGAGAAAAAAGAGAGAGAGGAGAAAGAGAAGGUGGAAAAACAGCGAGCUAAAGAAGAGCAGCGGCAAAUGAAAAUUGAGGCUAAACUGGAAGAGAAAAGGAAGAAAGAAGAGGAAAAACGGUUGAAGGAAGAGAAAGAUCGACUCAAAGCUGAGAAGGCUGAGAUUACCCGGUUUCUACAGAAGCCCAAGACCCAGCUGGCACCAAAGACUCUUGCAUCUGCCUGUGGGAAGUUUGCUCCUUUUGAGAUUAAAGCACACAUGUUUUUGGCACCACUGACUCGAGUACAGUGUGAGGACUCUGUUCUAGAGGAGCUGGACCAUUAUCUUGCCCAGCCAGACAGUACUCUAAAUGGACUGAAGGAUUGGACAAGUCACAAACCUCGCAGAUCAGGUCCAACCAGGCCCAGUCGCAUCAAUGCAAUAGAUUGUAUGGUCGUAACUGAAAGCCUAAAGGCAGAUGGAGUCCCAGACCGUCGCAGAUAUGGCCGCAUGAAACUCCUGCACUUCCAUGACAACUAUCGCCCAGCUUACUGGGGCACAUGUAGCAAAAAAAGCACACACAUCUCUCCACGCUGCCCACUGAGACAGGACAAGGAUCUGCUAGAUUAUGAGGUAGACAGUGAUGAAGAGUGGGAGGAAGAGGAGCCAGGAGAGUCUCUUUCUCACAGUGAGGGGGAUGAUGAUGAUGAAGGAGGAGGAGAUGAUGACGAUGAUGAUGAUGGGUUCUUUGUACCCCACGGUUAUCUCUCAGAAGGGGAAGGAGCACUUGAGGAAGAUGAGGAUGGUGGAGACCCAGAGAAACUGAAGGUGCGUCAGAAGAUGAAAGCUCGUGAGUGGGAGAACGAGCUGAUGUCUAAAGGGAAGGUGAGGGUAUUGGAGGCGGUGGUGCGAGGCUGCUUUUGGGAAGGGGAGACGCCUACUCCAGAUUUUCUGAAGCCGUAUGCUAUUUGCAUGUUGGAGCCUUUACCGAAAGAUGAGGCCAGCACCCCCGAACAGGACCUCUCACGCCAACAGAGGAAUGAGAAAUUGUUAUCACAGCUGCUGCCAUUGCUGCAUGGAAAUGUAAACAGCAGCAAGGUCAUCAUCAGUGAGUUCCUAGAGUUUUGUCGUCAGCAGACAUCAACACCAACAGAAAGUACACAAACCUCCACUGACAACAUCCCACCCAGAAUUCACGUCAAACGUCUCAUAAAGGGAAAUGCCGUGUAUGAAAAGCGUUCCACGUACAGACGAUGCUGCUGGUACGUGCAUGCCGACGUUCUGGCCCGUUAUUCUCAGGACACCCUGCCCGUGCCCUGCCAGUGGACCUACCUCACCUCCGGUGCGCAGAGCACCCGUGACGAACCCGCCGGCUCACAGGCAACCUCUCCUACAUCUCAGUCCACCUCCACUACACCUUCCAACAAGAGGAAGAGUGCCAGCAGCCACUCUAUUACAAAGUACAUGAAGAAAUGUGGCGAAUCGGAACAGACUGAAGCCAUGGAGACUGAUGGCUUUCAAGCAGACACGGAGGAGGAUGACGAUGAUGAGUGUGUCAUCAUUGGGGAACAGUCUGCUUCCUCUGAACAGGAAGGCAACACGUCCUUGGCACAAACCGAGGUAAACACAGAGCCCAUGGACACAAACACAUCUGAAACCGCUGCUCUUACUCUUCCCUGUCCAACCCCAGCCACUGCCUGAGAUCAACCACGCGUCCUGUCGAGUUUGCACUCGUUUCAACCAGGGGCUUGACAUCUGAUCUACGAUUCAAAGGAACACAGUAUUAAGGUCCCCAGAAUGAAUCACUUGUUUUCCUCCGUAUGUUUGGAGGUCUGUUAGAUAAAAGUUCACCAGUACACACUGUCAGCGGACUAGACUAUAUCUUGUUUGCUCUAAUAAGGAGGGCAUACCACCCUUCUCAUAGAUCCUAAUAAUUUUUGAAAGUGUGUAAAUGCUCUGCUGGUACAUAAGCUGACACAUUCAUCAGCUCUGGCUCCAGUCAGGAGGUUGUUGCUGUAUGCUGGCCUCGGUGCCAUUGUUUUAAAUUAAUUUUCUCUUCACAGAAUACUUGAAGUGGUGUAUCUCUUUCAAAAAUCGACAAUUAAAAUAUAUUGCACUUUUA